AUGGGUAUCAAUGAGGUUAUCAUUUUCUGUCUCUUUAGUACUUUUCUAAUCUACAUCCUCUGGACUUUCUUUAGAUUCCUUCAUAAAGUAUGGUGGAUUCCUUGUCGACUUAAGAGGAUCAUGAGUUCACAGGGAAUCAGUGGCCCUGCUUAUAAGUUUCCAUAUGGAAAUACUAAAGAGAUCACAAACAUGAGAAAUCAAUCUAUGAGCAAACCUAUGGAGAUCUCUCAUGAUAUCUUUCAAAGAAUUCAGCCUCAUGUUUACUUAUGGACAAAAAUCUAUGGUAAGAACUAUAUCAGUUGGCAUGGCUCACAAGCCCAACUAUUUGUAACAGACACAGAGAUGAUCAAAGAAGUAUUGACCAACAGAGAAGAUGCUUACCCAAAAAUGGAUAUGGAAGGCAUUGCUAAGAAAUUGUUAGGUGAGGCACUCAUAACAAAUGAGGGAGAAAAAUGGGCAAAAGUACGCAAAUUGGCUAACCACACAUUCCAUGCAGAGAGCUUAAAAAGAAUGGUUCCAGAGAUGAGUGCGAGUGUUGAGGUGAUGCUGGAAAAUUGGAAACACCAUGAAGGGAAAGAGAUUGAUGCAUUCAAAGAAUUUGGGUUACUGACCACUGAAGUAAUUGCCAGGACAGCUUUUGGGAGUAGUUACAGGGAAGGGAAGCACAUAUUUGAGAUGGUGGCAAAGUUGACAGCAAUAGAUGUCAGGAAUGUUUACAAAGUUAAAUUUCCUGGUAUCAGCAUGUUAAUGAAAUCCAGUGAUGAGAUUGAAGCAGAGAAACUUGAACGAGGAAUCAAAACCUCCAUUCUAGAACUAGUCAAGAAAAGGGAAAAAGGAAGAAAAGGUGAAACUGAAGAUUAUGGGAUCGACUACCUUGGAGAAUUAAUGAAAUUGACUUGUGACACUAACAUAAACAAGAGGAUCACACUGGAACAGAUGAUCGAUGAGAUUAAGGCAUUGUUUGGUGCCGGACAUCUUACAACCACCAACCUGCUUGGGUGGUGUGCUUUCGUCCUUUCAGUGCAUGGUGAUUGGCAAGAGAAAGCACGAAAAGAAGUCUUUGAAAUAUUUGGAAAUCAAAACCCAAGUUCUGAUGGGAUUGCAAGGCUAAAAACAAUGAACAUGAUCAUUAACGAAUGCCUCAGACUAUAUCCUCCAGUACUUACAAUGACUAGAAAAGUUGGAAGGGAAGUUAGACUAGGAAACCUCGGACUUCCUACAAAUAUAAACAUAUACCUCCCAAUUCUAGCACUACACCACAACCCUGAAAUCUGGGGCAAAGAUGUUCACCUCUUCAAGCCAGAAAGAUUUGCAGAAGGGGUGGCUAAAGCAACCAACAACACCGCUGCAGCAUUUUUCCCAUUUGGUUUGGGCCCUCGAACUUGUGUGGGAUUGAACUUCACCACCAAUGAAGCAAAAAUUGCAUUGUCAAUGAUUCUGCAACGUUACAAGCUCACGUUGUCACCAAAUUAUGUCCACUUCCCUGCCGACAUCUUUAUUCUUACCCCAAAAUACGGGGUUCAAGUGAUCCUCCAGGCAAUUAGUUAG